AUGAUGCGACGAUCAGCACAAAAGAUCAGUGCCUCAUUGGUGCGGCAUCUUCAUACCACGAAUCUACCAUCCCCACGACCACUGCGCUCCUUUCACCAGAGCACUUACUCGGCGCAGCCCAGAAAACGCGACUUCUUCACCUCGAAUCAUUUGCUUGCAAGUGUAAAUACGACUGGCGAAUUGACGACCUUCCCUGACCCCGUCGAAGAUGGCAAGCAGGACCAGCGGCCACCUAUUCCCCCGAUGAAGCGGAAGCCUGCCCGAUCGUCCGCUUCCAAGAAGAACCUUCGUGCCACUUCAAUGGUCAAGAAAUCGAAAAGGACGGAAGCGAAAAGCCCAGUCGCGGAGGUUGCCGAUGAUGCUAGCGACUAUACACACACAAUACGAGCCAUCAAUGUGGCCCAGUCAUUCGACAUGGAAAUGGUGGAAGAAUCCUUGAGGGGACACGGCUUCGCCAUUGAUCCGGACAAUGCAGGCUUGGACAGCAACGCGGUUAUCCAUGCAAGAUCAUACAACAAUGGCGAUAUAUUUGUCUUUAGCUCUGGCACUGUGGUGUCCUGGUCCGUUCCUGCGGAUGCGGUGACGCAAAUUGCGACUCGGCAGUUACUCAACGCGGCAAACCUUCCACACGUGGCGGACCUGGAGUUUGAAGAUCUGGAUUUCACCACGGACGAAUCGCGCGACAACAGCUUCAUCAGGGAAGAGGAGGUUGUACUUGGCACACGGGAUCAGUCUCUUGAGGGGCGCCUUGACGUUACCAUGGCCAAGGUUGCCUUUUCCAUGGGCUUGGCUCGAAGCACAAAGUUGGCAGUGCUGGAAAAUAAGCUCAAUGAAUUUCUUGAGACGGCCAGGCCUGUCGCUCGAACACUUGCAGGCGGUUCCGAACUACCACAGAACCACAAGACGGUUCUCAAAUAUCUGGGCGAGAUUCUCGGUCUCAGAUCUCAGCUGAACCAUUACUCGGAGCUGACCGACGACUUGCCAGACAUUUUUUGGGACAAGGAUUCCAAAAUCGAGAACUACUACAACAAUAUCAGCAGGAUUCUCGACGUCAAUCCCAGAAUCCGGCAGCUCAAUGCUAGAAUCGACUAUGCAUACGAGACUGUCAGUGUCAUGAGGGAAAUGUCUAGCGAAAAGAGAGGCCAUCGGCUAGAGUGGAUCAUUAUUGUCCUCAUUUCUGUAGAAGUCUUGUUUGAGCUGAGAAGGAUAUACCGUGAGGAGUUUCAGGGAAAUGGUAUUGAAAAAGGCGCUGAGCGAGCGUGA